AACAGAUGUCAGUUUUGGAUGACGCACUGUUGAAGAAAAAUAGAAUCUACAUCUAUAUAUUUGUAAAUCGCAAUAAUAAUUCUAAUAGAAAGUGAAUAUUUCAAAUAUUAAUAGUGCUUUUAGACAAAGAGAUAUAUAAAAACAAUCACGAUGAGUUUUUUCGGUAAAAUGUUUGGUGGCAAAAAGGAACAGGCUCCAACUACGGGCGAAGCAAUACAAAAACUGCGAGAAACCGAGAAUAUGCUUAUCAAGAAACAAGAAUUUUUAGAAUCCAAAAUCGAAGAGGAACUAAAUACAGCUAGAAAGAAUGCAUCCAAAAAUAAAAGAGAACUGGCCUUACAAGCAUUGAAAAAGAAGAAGCGUUUGGAAAAACAAUUGCAACAAAUCGAUGGCACCUUAUCUACAAUUGAAAUGCAGCGCGAAGCACUUGAAAGUGCCAACACGAAUACUGCUGUUUUGACAACAAUGAAAAAUGCCGCCGAUGCGCUUAAAGCAGCCCAUCAAAAUAUGGAUGUUGAUAAGGUCCAUGACAUGAUGGAUGAUAUUGCUGAACAACAAGAUGUGGCGCGUGAAAUCUCGGAUGCCAUUUCAAAUCCUGUAGCAUUUGGUGCUGAUAUUGACGAUGAAGAUUUGGAACGUGAACUAGAUGAACUAGAACAAGAGAACUUCGAUAAGGAGAUAAUUGGCAUACCAGAACCUGCAACUACGCUGCCAGAAGUACCAGAUGAUGAAGUUGCUGAAAAGGCAAAGGAAAAGAAGAAGGCCACUAUCUCCAACAAUGUAGAAAAUGUCCCUGAUGAUGAUCCCGACAUGAAGCAAUUGUUGGCAUGGGCCAAUUAAACAACUAUCUGGUAUUACAGUGAAUAUUCUUUACUCGAGUCUCUUGAGCAUCUUUUUAUCUAUCUCUAAGUCUAAGUAAAACUAAUUUGAAUUAUAAUUUGUGAUUGAUUUUAAAAUCCAUCAAAAUUCAUUGCACUGCAAUUCGCUUCUGUCCCUAUAAAUACAGGAUAACGUAAAGUUAACAUUUUUUUCUAUUUUAAUUUAAACGAAUGAAUUCUCAAAUGAUGUUGCGCAUGUUGUUUAGGGAAAUUUCUUUUAGUUCUUCGUAUUUCAAUAUUUUCUUUGGACUUUGAUAAUAAUAUAAAUAAUCAUCAUAGAAUAAAUAAUUACUAAUAAUUAUGUUUAAAUAUACACAACAACAAAAUUCAUAAUAAAAAUAACAUGAAAAUGA